UCUUGAGGAAAGUCAUCAGUAAUAGUCGGGAUGGCACUUGUUGUAUGAACGAUCGGUGUGCUUCUCGAUCGAUCGUCAGAUCGAUCAUGAUAUUAUUUAUCGUCGAGUGAUUUUCAUUUUAUUGGAAAAAUAAUAUAAAGAGUUUUUACCCGACGCGCACGUGGAAGAAAAAAGUGUGUCGAGUAGAGGAAUACGCAUUUGUGUGACGUUUUCAUUUAUACCUAUUUAUAGUGCGUUAUCUGAUUUCGUUCUGUGUGUUUCUCUAGGUGAAACGAGUGAAUUAAUAAAAUACGUGUACGUGCGUGUGUAAACAUGAGCGUUUGGUUUCUUAAGUUUAAAAAAAGUUCCUCGUAAGGCUUUAAAAUGAUCCUUUGUCCUUUAAUAAAUAAGAUUAUCCAAACGAAUGAUGAAUUUAUUUAGUGAUUUCUGGUAAAAAUAAAAACAAAAACAAAUAUUUCCAUAGAAAACGAUUAAAGUGUGUGCACGGUGAUUGAAAAUUUCGUGUAUUCCUAAAGGAAGUAAUUCAUCUUGGAGGAGCGGAAAUAUGAGUGUCAUGGCGGAUAGUACGUGACCAUUUCUUCUCGCAGAGCAUGCAACGUUUCGAUAACGAAGAGACACGAUGAUCAUCCUCGUUCGAUGAUUUUUUACUACAGCAGCAUCCUGGAAUAAAGUCUAUCUUUUCCUUAAUCGUGUAAAAUGCAAGCGUUUAGCAGACUCGCCUCUGGAAAUGUGUUCAAGAAGAAGGCAGGUUUCGUAUUGAGAAUGUUUCUACGAACAAAGUGUCAGGAGGUCCUCCACAUGGCAAUGCCUCACCUCCACCGACACUCAUCAACAAAGUCAAGUAUCAACCUGGUGGGCCUGUAAUCAAAAAGGAUAAAAGACAAAGCAGCUCGAGAUUCAACAUAUCAAAGAACCGAGAACUUCAAAAGCUACCGCUCUUGGCAGAGACUCAACAAGGCAAUGAAAGAGAAGAACUUUUCAUACAAAAGUUACGUCAAUGCUGCGUACUCUUUGAUUUUGAGUCUGAUCCAUUAUCGGACUUAAAAUGGAAGGAGGUAAAGCGUACGGCUCUUCAUGAAAUGGUCGAAUAUGUAACCAAAAAUAAAAAUGUUAUUACCGAAGCAAUCUAUCCGGAAGCAGUGAAUAUGUUUGCUGUGAAUUUGUUUCGAACACUUCCACCAUCUUCUAAUCCAAAUGGUGCUGAAUUUGAUCCGGAAGAAGAUGAACCUACUCUGGAAGCGGCAUGGCCUCAUUUGCAAUUAGUGUAUGAAUUCUUUCUAAGAUUGUUGGAAUCUCAAGAUUUCCAACCAUCUAUUGCAAGACGUUAUAUAGAUCAAAAGUUUGUCUUACAAUUAUUAGAGUUAUUUGAUUCUGAAGAUCCUCGGGAAAGAGAUUUCCUUAAAACAACUCUUCAUAGAAUCUAUGGAAAGUUUCUCGGUUUAAGAGCAUAUAUCAGGAAGCAAAUAAAUAAUGUUUUUUAUCGAUUUAUAUAUGAAACUGAACACCAUAAUGGUAUCGCCGAACUUCUUGAAAUUUUAGGAAGCAUUAUAAACGGUUUUGCUUUACCAUUGAAAGAGGAACAUAAAGUUUUUCUUUUAAAAGUGCUGUUACCUUUGCACAAAGCUAAAUCGUUGUCAGUUUAUCAUCCACAAUUAGCAUAUUGCGUCGUUCAAUUUUUGGAGAAGGAUCCAUCUUUGACAGAACCCGUUAUUAGAAAUUUAUUGAAAUUUUGGCCAAAAACACACUCUCCCAAGGAAGUCAUGUUUCUUAAUGAAUUGGAAGAAAUUUUAGAUGUAAUAGAACCAGCUGAAUUUCGAAAAGUACUGGAUCCGUUGUUUAGACAAUUAGCAAAAUGCGUUUCGUCUCCACAUUUUCAAGUUGCUGAGAGAGCCCUUUAUUAUUGGAACAAUGAAUACAUAAUGUCAUUAAUAUCAGAAAAUUAUUCUGUAAUUUUACCGAUUAUGUAUCCAGCUUUUUAUAGAAAUUCACGAAAUCAUUGGAAUAAAACGAUUCAUGGUUUAAUUUAUAAUGCAUUGAAACUAUUCAUGGAGAUGAAUCAAAAAGUAUUUGAUCAGUGUACUAAUCAGUAUCAUCAGGAUCGUCAAAGAGAACGUAAGCUUAUGAAAGAUAGAGAUGAAGCGUGGAUGCGCGUAGAAGCAUUGGCAAUGAGACAUCCACAUUAUAAUAUGGCAAUUACUAAAAGUACACCGAACAUUCCAUACAGCUUGACGCAACAUUUAGAUAGUCCUCCACCCGAUGAGGAUGGUGACACGGAUCAAACUCCGCUUACUUUAGAAAAGAUUGAAGCUAAAGCAAAUGAGGCGAAAAAAAUAACAAAUGUGAAUACAAUGAAACCACUUCUACGAAGGAAGAGCGAUAUACCACAAGACUCUUACACAAUACGGGCAUUGUCCGAUCACAAGCGAGCUGACGAAUACCUUGUAACACCGCCCGAUCCGAAUAAUUGCUAGUCCUUACCCUAUUCUCUUCCGAUGUAUCCCCUAUUUUGUUGUAGUAAAAUCACAAGUUAGCUCUUUUUCGGGAGAUGGAAAAAACGGCGAUAACAUAACCUUGGCAGUUAACUCUGCCUUAGAGAGCCUUAUUGUGCGGAAUCAAUAACAUUUAAUGUAUAUUAGAAUUUUGUUUGCUCGUGUUAGAGAAAGUAUCUUCCUCUUGUUACACCUUUAGAUUAUGAGAACAUGGAGAAUCGCAUGAGAGUAAUAAUGUCCAUAUGAUGCAUGUAAAUCACUUAUUUCCUUUCUCAAUUACAGACCAUGCUAAUUUAAGAAGUUGUUGAAAAGAACAAAAGAAAAAAAAAAAGAAAAGAAAUAUUAAAAAUGUGUAUUGUUCGAGGUAAAAAUACGGUAAACAAAGGGCUCUAAAUUCAUUAGUUAUGAAAUAUUUAGCACAAAGGCAUUUAAAAUGCUAGUUAUGCUCUAUAUAUAUAUAUAUAUAUAUAUAUAUAUAUAUAUAUAUAUAUAAAAUAUACAUACACAUACACACAUACACAUAAAAGAUAUAUAUAUAUAGUAUCAUUGGUAUAAAUGACAUUAUUAAUGCUGUGGUUUUCAUGAACUUGGUAUAUUCUAGGAAAGAUUUUAUACAAACGAGGAUACGGAAGACGGAAGGAGCAGUAUCAUCGAUAACGUUUUACUCUGUGUUAUCAUUAAAUUAUACUAAGCGAAGCGAGCUUGUUGUGUUAAUAACUAUGAUAAAUGAAGUUUUACGUUUACGUGUACAUGGUGUAAAAUAAUUUAUAUUCUCGCUUUAACACUUCCGGCUCAUAUUAGAGCAGAAAAAAACGCCAGACAUUAUUACCUUAGGGUGUAUACGACAGUGCUAUUUUAGGAUAUCGAACACUAUAAAAUCCGAAUAACUUCUACGUGUAAUACUACCACUACUACUACUAUUACUACUACUACUACUACUAUUAAUACUAUAACUACUAUUCUAUUACCGCUACUAUUACUAUCAUUACUACUACUAUUACUAUUACGAUUACGACUACUUUUGUAUCUGUUGUGCCUAGAUGCCUGUGGAAUAAAUUCACAGAAAAGCGCCUCUGCUAAGAAUGAUUGUUGUAAGAAACAUUAUAAGAGCCAUGCGGCGAGUUACAUUUGCUUUGUGCUAAUAUCAUUAAUCGAUAACCACAGAAUUUUUGGAUAUAGCUUCUGUAAUAACGCGUUUGUAAACUCGUCGCACUUAUGAUUGUUAGAUGAGAAAAAAAAAAAAGAAAAAAAAAAAGAAAAUAGGAAGAAAAAAAAUGCAGAGGUUUAUUACGGCUA